UAAAUUAAUAAAUUAGUGACUUAGAUAAAAAUAAAUAAUAAAUCAAUGAUUUAGCUAAAACCUAAUAAAAACAUGACAAAUAAGCAAAUUUACUAAAAUUAUGGAUAAUAUAAAAUAUGAUUGAUUCUUUAAUACAAAAUUAAAAUAAGAGUUUUGUUAAAUAAAACAUAAGUUUGUUGUAUCGGUAUUACAAAAAAAAAACAAUCAUUAAUAGUGUCGUAGGAAUUAUGUCUUUUCCAUUAGUUAAUAAAAUUGAAGCAGAGUGUUGGAGGAUAGCUCAACAUAUAGACGAGAUUAUAGAGAUUGAUAUGGGAGUCGAGGUAACGGACACAACUGUUCCUCCGCAAAGAAACGCUCCUGCUAGACAUCCUGGAUAAAUGAAAGAGACAUAGCUGGACUUGGUUUUAUGUUAAUGGAUGGUGACUUUCCAAUGCUGUUUGGAGCAAGGGCCGGUAUACACGCACCAAAUCACCGCUGCAAGCGGAAGCUGAAGGUUUUCUAUGGGCAAUGCAAGUGAUACUGAAGUUUAGACACAGAGAGAUGGUCUUUCAAUCGACUGUGAACAACUGGUUAUACUCAUUCAAAAGGAGGAAGAUUGGCCUGCGUAGGACUCGAAGCUCGACGAAAUACAUGCUGUAUCCAAAGAAUUUUCUGAACUUUCUAUUGCUUAUGUUCCUAAAUCUUUAAAAUUUCGUACGAAUAGCCUAGCAAAAGGUGUCCGAUCAUGCGCAUCUUGGUCAGUUUUUGUAAACUCUUUUGCACCAAGUUGGCUAGCCCCACAAGCUAGCAUGAGGGUGUCAAAAAAGAGAAUAAAGUUGAUAGUGAAACUAAAUAUCUCAAUGAACAAAUUUAUCAGAAGUCCAUAUUUAUGUGGAUGUUUAUAUGUGAUAAACAAUAUUUUUAGACAAUUAUAGAAUAUAGUCACAAAAAUCAAUCCUAAAAUAUAUAAUUAAAAAAAACCAUUUAAACAAACCAUCAAAAUUUCAAUAUUACACCAAAUAAGAAUAUAAAGACCAACUAUAUUCUCUUCAUAUAUAAUGUGUUAUGGUAGGAUUCAAAAAAAUUAACUUACUUUACAGUAAGGGAAAAUUUGAUUUUUAAUUCAAAAUUUACAGUAAAAACAUAACAUUUUAUAAAACAAAACAAUUGACAUAAUAGUACAAAAAUAUGAAAAAAAAAAUCAAAAUACUAUCCGCGCGUGGCGCGGACAAGGACCUAGUUAGGUUAAUAAGGAAACUUUCGCAAAUUCACCAUUUAGAGGAAGCAUGCAUUAGGUCGAAUUAGUUUAAGAUCAAGCUAUGAAACCGGAAGAUUUCAUACACAUAUAUAGUCUCAUAUACUAAUACUACUGUAAAGGUCCAAGUUUACCUUUGGCUAUAUUAUUGAUACUGAGAUUUUUUAAAUCAAACAAUAACGCAGAAUCGCAAUUUGUGUUCAGUUUAUUAUGUAAUGUCGUAAUAUAUAUACAUACACAUUACACUAAUGUUCUAUAAUAAUUCGAUAACAUUAGGUGUGAUGGCAAAACCCUAACAAGAAACUAAAUAUUUUUUUCAUUUUUUCUCCUAAAUUUUCUCAGUCAAGAUCUUAAGUGAAUAUAUUAGGUUUGGAAUUUAGCCUUUAGGUUUUAUAACAUUACUAGAAUUACAUUGACAUACAAAUAUAUAUUUUCUUUUAUAAAAGUAUAGUUUACUCGAAUUUAUGAUAUUUGGAUAUAAGUUGCUCAAGUGAUAUAUUUUAGGUUAAAUAAACAUACCCAUACCCACAUGUUAUUAUGUGGUUAGAGAUAGAAAGAGAGAAGAUAGUGCUUUGAGAAUUGAAAGAUAGGAGACAGAUUGUUACUUUCUUUUGGGGACUUGAGGAAUGAAAUUCUGUCUCUCUUCAAAUAUCAUCCUCAAAACAGUGACCUCACUUUAACUAUAUAUAUAUAUAUUUUUUUUUUUUGUAACUGAACUAUAUAAUAAAUUUUGGUUUAUAUACAUUUGAUUUAUUGCAAAUUUACUUUCACGUCUCUUUAAUAUUAACUUUUGCUUUUCUUUGUAGUUACGUUCUUUGAGUUCUUUAGUUCUAGGAAGAUCGAGACUGGAGAGAAUUCAAGAAGAUAAAAAUCGUUUAAAGAUGACUCUUUCUUUUAUAUGAUACUAUUCCGUACAUAAAAGAAAAUAUUAUAUUUAUAUAUACCUUUUUAUUAAUCUUAAAGAGUAAAAAACCCAUAAUCUUGUUAUUUAAUCUUCUUGGAUGGCUCAUUUCAGUUGAUCAUUAAUAUUCUUGUAAUUUUUUUCUCCUUUAUAUCAUUUUCUUAUUUCACAUUCUUGUAAAUUUCCUUUUUCAUAUUCUAGUAAAUUUUGAUUACUGUCUUUCUCAAAUUUAAGUUUGUCAUGACUCUUCGAAUAUAUUAGUAACAUAACUUGUUUUUGAUCAAUACCAAAAUGAUUUAAAAUAUUAAAACGAACAUGGACCAAAUGUUCAUAAGUCGGAUCUUCCGCAUUACGAAAAAGCAUUAUUUCUGGUUCAAAAUUUUCAAUAUGGUCACAUAGAUCGCUCGAACACAACUUGAAAUACAACUUUAAAACCUCCCAGUAACUUAUAUGUAUAUAUAGAGAUGUUUUGGUAGACUAUAAACAUGCGGGCCAAGAUACACCAUUUUUUUGGUUGAAGAAUCAAAAUCUAGUAUUAAAUUGUCGAUCUAGGAUCAGUCAUGUCCUGGACCAAUCAAACAUGCCCUCUUUUGUAUAUCUUAAAUAGUUAAAACUUAUUUUCAAUCGUUUUUAAUUUUGUUAAAAUAUCCAAUCAACUUUUGAAGGACCAAUUCUGUAUGCACAAGGCACAUCCAUGCAUAUGAAUAUCAUGUAUAUAAUUUUACAUUUUUGUUAAUUAUAUAAACUUUCUGAAGUUUCUUACAAUUAUGUUGUUUUCGGGUCAGGAAAACUAUAGGUUACGGACCUAGACAAGCCCGGAUGUAGAAGCAGAUUCAAGAAAAAAAGUGAAAUAUAGAUAUGAGUACUACCUCCUACGAUACCAAAACAACUAUUGUUACAUGGUAAAGCCAAAAUAGUUUUAUUUCAAAAACUGGAAAUGAAAAACUUUUAGUGCCAUAUAUACUAAUGCUAUUUGUAUAUAUAAAAAGUAUAACCAUACUUUAAAAAAUUCACUGGGCCUCAGCUAUUAUUAAGCCGGCCAUCAAUAUUCAUAUGUAACAUAUAAAGAUGAUAUUUAAAUAUAGUUCCAAUACAUUUUUAACUUGAACCUGUGGAGGGAAACGAAGCUUGAAGGAAGUGGGAAAUUCAAAAAAGCUUCAGAAAGCUGUUUUACUAUUCAAAAGACGAAAGCAAAAGGAGAGUAUAAUUUAUUUAAAAACAAAAACCAUAAAGGAAAAAUGAUAUUUAAACUAAAAGAAAAACAACAUCGAAAGUAUGAAACCAACUCAACAUUAUAAAACCAUAAUUGAUCAGCCCUCAUCUCUUCGACACUUCUCACACACUAAACAUUAAAACAUAUCUUUUUAACACUAAAGCUUACUUCGAGUCUUCGACCAUUACUCUGUUUCUUCCUUUAAGCUUCAAACAAAACUUCAAAGUCUCAACCAUUUUUUUGUUUCUUGGCCGAGUAAAGAUUUAAGGUGAGUGGUUUAGUGAUGCGUACAGGGGCUUAUACCGUGCACCAGACACUAACACCAGAGGCUGCUUCAGUUUUGAAGCAAUCUCUAACCUUAGCAAGAAGGAGAGGCCAUUCUCAAGUCACUCCACUUCACGUAGCUUCAACGCUUUUAACUUCAACAAGAUCCAAUCUUUUCCGACGGGCAUGUCUAAAGUCUCAUCCUUUCACAUCCCUCGGUCGACAAAUGGCUCACCCUUCUCUCCAUUGCCGAGCUCUCGAGCUCUGUUUCAACGUUGCUCUCAACAGGCUUCCCACGAAUCCAAACCCUCUGUUUCAGACCCAGCCUUCGCUCUCCAACGCUUUGGUCGCGGCUCUGAAGAGAGCUCAGGCGCAUCAGAGGAGAGGGUGCGUGGAGCAGCAGCAGAGCCAGCAGAACCAACCUUUCUUGGCGGUUAAGGUUGAACUCGAGCAGCUCGUCGUGUCGAUUCUUGAUGAUCCUAGUGUGAGCAGAGUGAUGAGAGAAGCUGGACUCUCUAGCGUCUCGGUGAAGGGUAACAUAGAUGAUGACUCCUCUGUUGUCUCCCCUGUUUUCUAUGGAUCUUCUUCCUCUGUUGGUGUCUUCUCUUCUCCUUGCUCUCCUACUUCUAGUGAAAACAAUCAAGGAGGAGGGACUCUAAGCCCUAACCCUAGUAAGAUAUGGCAUGGUCACUUGACCACUCAUCACUCUUUUGAGCAGAACCCUUUCUUCCACUUCCCUAAAGGCAAAACAUUUGCUCCAGAUCAUGUGAGAGAAGACGCAAACCCGGUCAUUGAAGUGCUUCUUGGGAAGAAAAACAACAAGAAGAGGAACACGGUCAUAGUUGGAGACUCUGUCUCUCUAACAGAAGGAGUGGUUGCAAAGCUGAUGGGAAGAAUAGAGAGAGGAGAAGUUCCAGAUGAUUUAAAGCAAACUCACUUCAUCAAGUUUCAGUUCUCACAAGUUGGGUUGAACUUCAUGAAGAAGGAGGAUAUAGAGGGACAAGUGAGGGAUCUGAAGAGGAAAGUUGAUUCAUUCACAUCUUGGAGUAGCAAAGGUGUGAUUGUUUGUCUUGGGGAUCUGAAUUGGGCAGUGUGGAGCGGCGAAAACAGCGCAUCAUCAUCGCAGUACAGCGCGGCGGAUCAUCUAGUGGAGGAGAUAGGGAGAUUGGUUUAUGAGUAUAGCAACUCAGGAGCUAAAGUUUGGCUCUUGGGAACAGCUUCUUACCAAACAUACAUGAGGUGUCAAAUGAAGCAACCACCACUUGAUGUUCAAUGGGCUCUUCAAGCUGUUUCAACUCCUUCUGGAGAACUUUCACUAACUCUCCAUGCUUCCAGUGGUCACAGUUCUGAGAUGGCUCCUCAAGUGAUUGAGAUGAAGCCUUUUAGAGUUAAGGAAGAAGGAUCAGGACAAGGAGAGGAAGAUGAUAAACUAAACUUUUGUGGAGAAUGUGCUUUUAACUAUGAGAAAGAAGCAAAAUCAUUUAUAUCAGCUCAGCACAAAAUAUUACCACCUUGGCUACAACCUCAUGGAGACAACAACAACAUUAACCAAAAGUUUCAGGAUGAAUUGAGUGGACUGAGGAAGAAAUGGAACCGGUUUUGUCAAGCUCUUCACCACAUGAAACCCGGCAUGACAUCUCAAAGCUUUGGCUGGAGAGCGGAACAGAGCAGCUCUGCUUUUUUGGACUCGUCAGGUGUAAAACAAAACUCACGUGCAUCUAGCUCGGUGGCCAAGUUCAGACGGCAGAACUCGUGUACUAUUGAGUUUAGUUUCGGAACUAACAAUCAAGAAAGUCUAAAGAAGAAUCUAACCGAUGAGUUGAGUUUGGAUGGAUUCAAGAUUAGCAAUGAUGAAGGUGUGGAAGCCAAGAUUACUCUUGCACUUGGUCAUUCUCCAUUUCCAUCUGAUGAUGAAGAAGAACCAGAGAGAUCCACUACAAUGAGGGGGUUAUCAGAAAAGCUUCAAGAGAACAUUCCAUGGCAAAGGGGAGUUCUUCCUUCAGUCGUUGAAGCCAUGGAAGAGUUUGUAAAGAGGAGUACAAGGAGAGAUACUUGGAUGCUGCUUUCGGGGAACGAUGUUUCUGCGAAAAGAAGAUUGGCUCUCACAGUCGCAACUUCCCUUUUCGGGUCAGUCGAUAACAUGUUGAAGAUUAACCUGAAAACAUCCAAGGCAAGUGAAGCAUACGAGGAGCUCGAAAAGGCGUUGAAAAACGGAGAAAAGGUUGUUGUUUUGAUAGAAGGAGUUGAUUUAGCCGACGACCGGUUCAUGGAGCUCCUUGUAGAUAGAGUUGAGGCUGGAAAGUCCGGAGGUUUGGAUGAUUCUCAAGGGAAGAAGAGCCACAUGAUCUUCCUUUUGACGAGAGAAGACGAUGAAUGUGAAGACAACGAACAUGUUGUCAUACCAAUGGUGCUGAAGUGUAAGAAAUUGAGUUCCGGUUUGGUAAACAACAAGAGGAAACCGGAAUCUGACGCUGUGUCGACGAUGGUUAAGAUGAAGAAUCCGAGAAUCCAAGAAGAGGAGGAUGUGGCUUGCGACAUAAGCAACAUCAAGAAAGAGUUCUCAAGACAGUUGAGUUUCGGACCAAAUGCUCUUGACCUUAACUUAAGAGUCGACGCCGAAGAGCAAGAAGAGGAAGCAGCAGCGAAAUCAGCCACUCAAGAACGUUUUCUUGAUUCGAUCAAGAACCGGUUUGAUUUCACAGUUUUGUCCAACGAAGAUAUAACCAAGUUUUUCGUGACGAAGAUCAAAGAUUCUUGUGAAGAGAUCCUCGGGCAACAUGAAGAGAGAUUCGGGUUUACCGUCGAACCGGAACUGAUCGAAAAGUUCUACAGAGGGUGUGGGUUUUUUGCUAACGGUUUGUUUGAAGAGUGGGUGAAAAAUGUUUUUCAAACGGGUUUAGUAACGGUCAAAAACGGCGGGAAAGAGGGCAUAAGUGUAAUUAACCUAUGUUUGAGGGGUAUAGAUAUGAUUGACCAGGGGGAGGUAUACGAGGAGGAAGGAUUCAUGGGCACAUGUCUACCCAACAGAAUCCAAGUUUCCUUUGUUGAUUAGCUUAAUUUGGCUUUUAAUUAGUUGCUGUUUUUAUUAAUUUUAUGAAAAUCUCAUGUUACUUAUUUUUGCUGUUAUUUAUUUAUCUUGCUUUAUAGCAGGAAAAAGAGGAAUUAAUUAUGACCCAAGAAAAGUGGAACUUGACCGCAUUG